AUGGGAUAUUUGUGGCAGGAAUCUUACGAUGAGGCCACUGUGGGCUUCAUUUUGGUCGGGUCUGCCCUCGUGUUCAUCAUGGUGCCCGGUCUUGGGUACCUGUACUCUGGACUAACCCGUAGAAAAUCGGCGCUGGCGCAGAUUUGGGCCGUGAUAAUGGCGACAUUAGUGGGUAUUUUACAGUGGUAUUUUUGGGGUUAUUCGCUUGCGUUUUCGAAAACUUCGCACAAUCACAAAUUUAUCGGGAAUCUGGACUCAUUUGGGUUUCGCAAUGUGUAUGGGAAGACCAGCGAGGACGUCAAUUAUCCAGAAAUUGCAUUUGCCGUGUUCCAGGGCCUGUUCAUGUGCGUAACGCUGAGUAUUAUUGCGGGCAGUACUGCAGAGCGCGGAAGACUGUUGCCUCACAUGGUUUUUUUGUUUUGCUUCGCAACCCUCGUAUACUGUCCCGUAACGUACUGGAUUUGGGACUCAGAUGGGUGGGCUGCGAGGUGGGGGGUGCUUGACUGGGCCGGCGGCGGCCCUGUCGAGAUUUUGUCGAGCGCAGGCGGCUUCGUGUACUCUUUCUUUCUGGGCAGACGCAAAGAGAGCCUACUCAUCAAUUUUCGUCCUCACAACGUCUCGAUGGUCACCAUCGGAACGUCACUUUUGUGGUUCGGCUGGCUGGGCUUCAAUUCUUGUACUUCUUUGACGCCCAAUCUGAAGUCUGCGUAUGCCUUCAUGAAUACGAAUUUGAGUGCUGCAGUAGGCGGGAUGACAUGGUGCUUGCUGGAUUAUAGACUCGAAAAAAAAUGGUCCACCGUGGGGCUUUGUUCUGGCAUCGUGUGUGGACUUGUCGCGGCUACGCCAAGCUCCGGUUGCAUUACUUUGUAUGGCUCAGUCAUACAGGGUAUUGUGGCAGGCGCGGUUUGUAACUUCUCGACCAAGCUGAAAUUUAUACUCAAAGUUGAUGACGCAAUGGAUAUUUUGGCCGAGCACGGUAUCGCUGGCAUUGUAGGUCUGUUUUUCAAUGCGUUGUUUGCUGCCGAUUGGGUAAUUGGAAUGGACGGUGCGACCGAUCACGACGGCGGGUGGGUGUCCCGUAAUUGGAAACAAAUGUACAAGCAGCUCGCAUACAUUGGAGCCGUGUUCGGUUACGGUGUGGUAGUCACUGCGAUAAUUUGCUUUGUCGUGGACAAAAUUCCGGGCCUACAUCUCAGAGCUUCCGAAGAAGCCGAGGAAAUGGGGCUGGAUGAGGAUCAAAUAGGUGAAUUUGCAUACGACUACGUCGAGGUUAGGAGAGAUUAUUUUUCAUGGGGCAAUGCGGAUCACACAGAAAAUUCAUCUGAUGAACCAGAGCAUCGCCGUAUGUCUGUGAAUGACACGACUAGCACAUCUAAUGAAACUGACUUUCGCCAAAAAGAAAAGCAGCAAACAUCUCAGAGCCCGUGA